CUCUGCCCAAUUCCUGUAUAAUCUAUUGGAAAUGAAGGCCACUAGUACCAGAAUAGAAAAUCAAAGUACACAUUUGGUGCCUUUGGGGCUAUUUUACUUAUAUGGACUUAUAUAUUUAAUAUGACACAUUUUUUUGACAUGGUUUUUGUUUAGCUUAAGGACAAAAACAUUUAUCAAAUAGAUAAUGUAAAGUAAUUGGCUUGCUAAGUGUGUCACAAACCUGAAUCAUUAGCAGAGUUGUUGACUGUGAGGUCAUAAGGUAAAAAGCUGUCACUUCCUUAUUUGCUGUGUGCUCUUCAAGCUCACGCAUUACUUUUCCUCUUCGUCUCGACUCACUACUGAAACGCCAACAUGUGGACUUACGAGCAGCGGAAAAAAUACUCCAACUCAAAUUUCAUCAUGCAAGAGACGUCGCAGUACCACGUUGAGCAUCUCUCCACGUUUGUUAUGGACAAGACAGAAUCCAUUGUCACAGUAGAUGAUGCUAUCAAGAAGCUGAUUCUUCUGGACUCCAGGGGUAAAAUCUGGACACAGGAGAUGCUGCUGCAGGUCACAGACAAGGCGCUCAGACUUCUUGAUUGUGACACUCAGGAAGAACUGGAGAACUUCCCCCUCACCACAGUCCUCCUCUGCCAGACGGUGCUGAAUCAGACACGCUACCCAUCUGUGCUGCUGCUCAUGUGUCAAGACAGGGACCAACACAAACCCGACAUCCAUUUCUUCCAUUGUGACCAAGUGGAGGCUGAGAUGGUUCACGCAGACAUAGACAGUGCACUUGGUGACAACAAACAUGGGAAAAAAAUGAGGCUGGAAACCCUCAAGGUGAACCAGGAAAAAAUGAAGCGUCAGAGAGAAACCAUCCUCCCUCCCUCGGCCCCCAGGGGCCCGCCACCUGUUGUAAAUAGACGAGCAGCAGCCGCUGCACACACUCAUGAUCCUUAUGAUGGAGAGACGCAUGAAAAGCUGGCCCAGCGCAUUGAGAAGGAUGUGCAAAUCCUCAACUGUGCCCUGGACGACAUUGAGAUCUUUGUGGCGCGGCUGCAGAAGGCAGCUGAGGCUUUUUAUCAGCUCAAUCAACGCAACAAGAGUAAGAAGAACAAGAAGAAAGGACCAGCAGAGGGCAUGCUGACCCUGCGGGCCAGGCCCCCCUCUGAAGCAGAGUACAUUGACAGCCUGCAGAAACUGAAGCUGGCCCUCAACCUCUUGGCCAAGCUGAAGAAACAUCUACAGAACCCAAGUGCUCCAGAGCUGGUUCAUUUCCUGUUUGGACCUUUGGAGCUGGUCCUGCAGACGUGUGGAAGUCCUGACCUGGUGCGUUCCGUCAUCUCCCCUCAUCUUUCGAUGGAUGCAGUCGACUUCCUACGCGGACACCUCACCCCCAAAGAGAUGACCAUGUUUGAGCUGCUUGGUGACGGAUGGACCAGACCCAGAGCAGAGUGGCCCAGAGAUCAGUGUGCGCCUCCUUAUUACCCCAAGUUUCGAAAUGGAUGGGAGCCACCUGCAGAGUUUUUCUUGACUUCUCCAUGGGAAACCGAGGGACCACCCAGUCCAACUGCAUCUCCCACAAGCCCUGACUACAGAAGACACUCGCCUGACGAUUAUUACGUCAAUCAUUCCCCACCAAAUGGGAUGCAAAGUAGCCGCAAAUAUGCCAAAAUCCGUUAUAAUUUUGUGGCGCGGAAUCCCAACGAGCUGUCAGUGCUGCAGGAUGAAAUCCUUGAGGUGUUGGAAGAUAACAAACAAUGGUGGAAACUGCGGAAUCGCAGCGGCCAAUCCGGCUACGUCCCAUAUAACAUCCUGGAUGUUGUAAGGCUAGAAGAACCAGAAGAGCCCUACCCGAGCGACUACAGGAGUUCGCCCACUGAACCGCUGCACAAGAGGGAUAGUUUCAAAGGGGGAAUACAGAAAGACAAAAAGAUGGACGAGGUUAAUAAUGAGCUACUGAUGAAAAUCACAGCAAACAAAAACCCGCCACCCAGAAAGAUCCGAGUAGAGCGCCCGGCGGCCCCACAGGUGCCAUUAACUUCCCAGUCAUCUCCAGAGCAGGUGACAAUGUGGCUCAAUGCGAAAGCUUUCUCUAAACCGACGGUUGAAUGUUUGGGAAUCCUGACAGGAGAGCAGCUGUUUUCCCUGAACAGAGAGGAGCUGAAGGCCGUGUGUGGGGACGAAGGGGGCCGUGUCUUCAAUCAGGUGUCUCUGCAGAAAGGACAAGUAGAGAAGGCUCCUUCUGAGCUGAAGGAAAUCAUGAUGCGGAGGAAAGAGAAGGUCGACUCCACAAGCAGCUGCGACUGAACACGUGGAGCAGAUGUUUUCCCUCCUCACUGCUUUCCAAGUGCAGCAGCUCGCUAAAUCAGUGAACAUUUUCUUGUGAUCCUCAGAUAAAAAAAGAAACAAACAAGAUUAAAUACACUUAUUUUUAAUUGCAUAUUUAUUUUGUAAAAUGUUAGAUGUUUGUUAUUCAAGUGUUUUCAAAUUAUGUUCCAUUUUUCUCAAUUGAUGAAAUUAUUGAAGAAAUGACCUGCUAAGAAGGGGAACUCGUGUACAGUUUGGUGUAUGUGCAGGACAUGCAUACAACAUACGUGUGCAUGAGAGAGCAGGGUUAGUGUAUGUUCUUAAUAAUACUGUUUUGUACUGUUUACAAAAUUUGUCUGUAAAAAUUUUAAAUCUUUGCAGUUGCUUUUUAAAAUCAGUGCCAGGAUGUUUGACAUAUUUUCUAUUGCAUAGCCAGUUAUUUUCAUGUUAAUGCUAACAGAAAAAAUAAAGCACGCAUAUGUUUUGUUGUGUAUGGCAGAAGUUUGUAUCUGGUUGGUAAAUAUAAAUCAUUCACAAGUAUUAAAAUAAAUGUUCUUAUUCUUCUUGAUGUUAUCUGACAUUUUGGCAACUUAAUAAAACAAUAUGCCUUUCUCAGUAAUUGUGGGAUCUUUUAUACGGCACCCUCUAAAAUUAAUUGGCAUAUCUUUUAUUGCUGAAGCAUAUUUUGACAUUGAAAACUUUUUCUGGAGCUUUUUAAGAGUGAAGUCUUUUUCAUAUUCCAUGGAAAAGUCAGACAUUAGUUCUUAGUAUUAUGUUGUACAUAUAGUGUUUCAUAAUCUUUUCAUUUUUUUAAAUUUGAUUACUUGUGACAGAACCAGUUGCUCCUUUACUUCUCAUAAAAGUAAAAAGGGCAAAAUAGAGAACAAAAUCAAAUAGACCAAGGCAGCCCCUGCACAAUUUGUUAUUGUCAAGAACUUCAGUUCUUAUUGGAUUAACAUAAUCAACCCUAAAGCAUUCACUCUACAAUCUGACUUUCUGUUUUACGGCACCGUUAAAUCAUUUGUUUUCUCAGUGAAAUUGUAAUGACCAAGUGCAGUAAAAUACUAAAUGACAAAAUCAACAACCUCAACACUGAACAACUUAAAAAAGAAAGAUAACUUUGUGAUCAAAACAUCCAUUACUCCUCCUUUAGGGCCUUAUAAAUUUGACACAGGCGACAUUUUAAAAAGCUAUUAAGUGCUAUGAUGGAAUUUUUUUCAACUGAGUUUUUUUGUUUUUAAUUAGUGUUGAAUUAUGCUGCAGCAAAAAUAUAUUAAUCAAUUUUAAGGGCUUUUGCACAUUUUCUAUUAUUUGUGUAUGUUAGUGUCUGUUGUAACCUGGUGUUUGCAAUGUAAACUGCACAAACUGUUAAGAAGAAUAAACUCAAUUUGUUCUCUGGUAUGAAAAAUGA